AUGGUAGAAAAAAAACCGGAGGAAAAUGUUAAAUUAUUUUUAAAAUUAAGUGAUGGAAGAGAAAAGAUAGAAGAUGAUGGUGAUGAUGAAGAUGAUAAAAAAAAUGAGAAUACGAAUUAUAUUGAAGAAGUAAAAAAAAGAUGUUUAUCAUUUACUUUAGAUAAUAGAAAAAAAAUAAAUAGUUUUAAAAAUUUAUUAGAAGAAGAAAAAACAAAAUUAAGUUAUGAUAAUAAUGAAAACAUAAAUGUAAAGAGUAUAAUAAAAAAUGAUAAUAUAAAUAAAAGAGAAAAUAUGGAUUUGUUUGAAAAAGAAAAUAAAGAAAAAUUUAAAAAAUAUGAAUUGUUAAAUUCAGAGAUUAUUAAUAAUACUGUAAAAUUUUAUCGACUUGAAGAAAAAAAUGAUGUUAAUAAUGAAAAUAACAAUAAUAUAAAAAAGGAAGUUAAUGCUAUAAAAGAAGGUUUCAAAAAAAAAAAAAUAAACAAAGAUAAAAAAUUUAAAAUGGAGAAUUCAUGUGAAGACCCAAUGACAGAUCAUAAUGAAACUAUUUCAUUAAAAGUAAAUUACAAAAUUCAUAAAAAAAAUAAUUAUGAAAAAUCAAAAAGAAAAAGUUUUUUAUCUAUUACUUUAAAUGAAAAACAAAGUCAUGCUAUAAAUAAAAGUAGCAUUUGCACAGAUAAUGUGAAGUUUUUAAAUUUUUUAAAUGAUUAUGAACAAAACACAUAUUAUUUUAAAAAUAAUAAAUCAUAUAACAAAAGAAAAGGAAAAAAAAAAAAAACAAACAUAAAAAAAAAAGAAAGAUACGAUACUAAAGAAACAUUAAAUAAUUAUAUUUUAAACAUUGAUGAAAAAAUUAAAUAUAACGAAAAAUAUAAUAGUGAAAAUAUACCUAAAAUAAAUACAUCAGUAAAUAAUUAUCCUCGUAGUGAUAAAACGGACACAUAUAUUAAUGAAUCUGAUCAUGAAAAAGAAAAAAAAUAUAUGAAUGAAAAUCGUUUAAAUAACUAUUCAACUACUAUUAAGGAAACCAAAGGUAUAUCUUAUAAAAAUAAACUUCGUCUUGCAUUACAAGGAAAAGGAAGAUAUUACUUUUUUCCUAAAAAAAGUAUAUUAAGAAAAAGAAAAGAAAAAAUUAUAAUAUUUUUAAACCAUAACUAUUCUAUUUGGGAAAAUGGGAGAUUUAAUGAUCAUUUUUAUAAAACUGUUCAUAAAAAUUAUGAUUUAGAUAAUUUAGAAGAAGAAAAAUUAUUAAUCGAUUAUCAUGAAGAUAGUAAAAUUAAAAAAAUAAUUUAUAGAAUCUUUCCUCAAUUUUCAAUAUUCAGUUUACUUUUAUAUGUUACAUUUAUUCAGUGGGUAAUUUUUAUUUCACUCAUAUCUUUAAAAUCUGAUCUUCCUCUAACACUUUCAAAUGAUUCUCUAAAAAUUUUUGGAAGUAAUUAUCCUCAUGAUGUAUUUAAAAAUGCAGAAGUUUAUCGUCUUUUUACAUCCUUAUUUUUACAUUCUAACUUUAAUCAUAUUUGUGCAAAUACAUAUGUUCAGUUGACUGUUGGAUUUUUAUUAGAAUAUUUAUAUGGCACAUUUGUUGUAUUUUUAAUAUACGUAUUUACAGGAAUAUAUGGAAUAAUUUUAUCUUCUCCGUUAACUUAUUGUUAUUCAACGACUGAAAGUAGUAGCAGUUCAUCAGGAAUUAUUGGAAUGUUUUUUUCAGAAAUUUUAAUGAUGACUAAUUUUAAUGUAGAUAAAAUAAGUAUUAGUGUACAUUUAUUUUGUUUUUUUCUUUUACUUUUAUUUCUUAAAUUUUCUCUAAAUACAGUCAGUAUUAAUAUAUAUAGCCACUUUUUUGGUUUUCUUGGAGGAUUUUUGAUAGGAAUUAUAUUAAAACGUAACCAAUUGAAAUAUUUUUUAAAAAAUAAUUUGCUAAUUCAAAUAUUAUGUUCAGUUUUUCUAAUAAUAAGUCUUGCAACAGCUAUUUUUUUAUCAACAUAUGUUGUUCAUGAAUGUUAA